AUGGGAACUUUGAGUCUUAUUUGUCUGCUUUUCUCUAUAUAUCAGACAUUUGGUCAGCUGAAUUCAAAAGAAGAUGCUUUACAAGCAACAAGUGUAUUGGAUAGUACCACAUCUGGUAAAGUAUCAAAAGUAUUUAGGGACAUCUUGAAUCAGGAAAGCUUAGUUCGGUUUUCAAUGGUACAGAAAAUGCAGAGUUUGAUGUUGGAUGUAGCAGAUAGCAAAAUUAAUAAUGAAUAUAUGAAAAAGAAACUUAAUGACGUAACAGAAGAGCUACACGCUGUUCACGCGAAGAAUCGUCGAAUGGAGCAGGAGAACGCCAGACUUCACCAGGAACUGAAGACCCUGAAUGAUCAAAAUAACCAUUCAAUACAAUCAUUAGAAAUACUCAAAAACCAAACUUCUCGUAUCCAGAAAGAAAAUGAGGGGAUAGCUUUUGAUACUACAGAAAUUAAAAAACAGCUCGAAGAGUUUAAUAAAACAUUUGGAUAUUUAAAUAUGACAAAUGAAGAAGUAAAAAAAGACUUUCAGAAGAAUAUUCAAGUUUUGAAGAAGGAGGUGAAAGAAAACAAAAACAGUAAUGAAGCACAGCAUUUAAGGUUAGAUGAUGUAAAAACUCUCUUAACAGAACAUAUUCAAAACUUUAAUGAAUCAAGGACUGUUUUCCAACAACAAUUAGAAAUUAUGAACAAACGGAUGGAGAACUUAGAAAAACACGAUAACUUAAGUACACGUAUUCAGACUGUUGAAGACAAUUUACAAAAGUUUUCACUUUCAGUGAAUGAUAUUCGUAUCCAACUGCAGAAAAUUGUAACAGCUG